UCAAAUUCCAUGUCACAUUUUUCCUGUGGCUGUGUGCACAGCGCUGCAACUCUGCAGUCUGUGACCAGCAGAAAAAGAGGGCCAUUGAUUCAAAAUGUCUGCGCCCAAACACACAGCAACACACUCGAUCCCUCCUCACGCUCUGGCCCAGCUGGCACGACAGUGGCUGUCAGAGGACACACCAAACUUUGACCCUGCCGGGGUGUGUGUGGGAUCAAAGGAGGUCGAGGCAAGGCUGCUGUGUAAGACACCACACAGCAUCCUGGCAGGGAGUCCCUUCUUCACGGCAGUGUUCACUGAGGUCGGCUGCACCGUGAACUGGAUUCACCAGGAGGGAGCUGAGAUCGCAGGUCCAGAUGCUGUCACACUGACUGCUGUGGUGAGAGGCCCAGCAAGGUGCCUCCUCCUUGGGGAAAGGCCAGCUCUAAACUGCCUGGCUCGGGCCUCUGGGAUCGCCACUCGCUGCUCUGAGCUCCAGGCUAUGGCAACAGCUGGAGGAUGGCAUGGAGAAGUGGCUGGCACACGCAAGACCACCCCGGGCUUCCGUCUGGUGGAGAAGUACGCCAUGCUGGUUGGUGGCGUGUCCAUGCACAGACAGGACCUGAGUGGAAUGGUGAUGCUGAAGGACAACCAUGUCUGGGCAUCAGGAAGUAUCACAGAGGCUGUUAAAGCUGCUCGGUCAGUGUGUGGCUUCAGCAGUAAGAUUGAGGUGGAGUGCCGCUCUGCAGAGGAGGGCAGAGAUGCAGCUGGAGCAGGAGCAGACAUUGUUAUGCUGGACAACUUUCAACCUGAGGAACUCCAUGUUGCAGCUCGUGAACUGAAAGCGGAGUUCCCAGCUCUACUGAUAGAAGCCAGUGGAGGAGUUACUCCAGAGAACUUAGCUAUGUAUUUUUCCCCCCAUGUGGACAUCAUUUCCCUGGGCUGCAUAACACAGGGCUGCCCAGUUGUGGACUUUUCUCUGAAGGUUCAAAAGCCUGGUUCUCACUCAAGCCUCAACGCCACAAUGUGAUAUACAUUGACUUUUUGUUCUGAUGAAUUGAGGAGUUCAAUUGAAGUUGAAUUAAUUGCUGGAGUAACUUCUGUUACAGUGAUGUUUUUCUUGAUUAAGACAUAACCCACAUCCUGUCAUCUUACUGUCAUUUCGAUAAAGAUAAAAGGAAAAGACCUACCAGCAUCACGUAGACUGUUUCAUAUAGCUAUUGAAAAACCAAACACUGUAUGUAAAAGUACAUUUCCAAUGAGGAACAGCAGUCACAAGUUGAAACUAACUUCUGUCCAGUCUGGUUUCACAGACUUACAGAAAAAAAUGUCAGACUUAUGCAACCUAGUGUUAAACUAAUGGUAUCUAUGCAUGCAGAUAGUUUAGUUAUAUUUUUCCAGGUUUUGAGAUUUGAACUACCCCACACACAAUUUAGGUGAAUGUAAUUUGGUUUUUGGUGGUCACAGCACUGAAACAUGCCACGGAAACAUCCUCCAGAAAAAGUGUCCUGAUUAUUUUGGAUAAUCUACAGGCUUCACUGAGGGGCACAGACAGUUAGAGAGCUAAACUGAAACCAGAACUUCCAGGUUCCAAAAGUAAAAAUCACAACAUAACAACAUAUGUGUGUUAGGAAACAGUGGUCUAUUUACAUAUCCAGUUGAUACGGAGCAAAAUUAUGAUGAAUCUGACAAUGAUGAAUGUAAGGCCAAUAUUCUCUCUCCUAUUUGCUCUGUUUAUGGUCUCUACAGUCCCUGACAAAAGUCUUGUCGCUUGGGUACAAGUCGACCUUAAGUGCCCCUCAAAUAUAUUUGUAAUCAAUUUUUUUUUUUACAAGAAAUGGCUAAUUUCAAUCCCAACAAUUUUUGAAAUAAUGUUUUGGUGCCAAACGAAACUGCUGAAAAGCAUUCUAACGUUCACAGCUUGGUAAAGCCCACUGAGUCAGUUUUUGCAAAGACAAAAGUCUUGUCGCCUUGUCAUAUGAUGAACCCAUUCCUAGAUUGCAGCCUCACCUGUGAUCAAUAAUUGAUCAAUCAAUUAGUGGGUGUGUAUAAAAAGAACCCCAGCACACCAGACCUUCACAUCAACUGAAACUUGACCUCUGACAACAUGCCUAAGAUUCACCCUGAGACCAAAGCGUUGAUUAUAAAGGAGCUGAAGACCAGAUCCACUGCUGAGGUGGCUGACACCUUCAAUGUGUCUCAGCAUCAAGCACAAAGAAUAAGAAAAAGAUUUGAAGAGACUGGAGAUGUUUUUGUCAAGCCCAGGUCCGGCAGACCCCGCAAGACAACUGCUCGGGAGGACCGUUUGUUGGGUCGAAAAUCCAAGGCCAGCCCCUUUUCCACUGCAGCAGAGCUCCACCAGGCCUGGUCACCUCAAGUCCCCGUGUCGACCAGGACAGUUUGUAGAAUUCUGUCUCGAAAUGGCCUCCAUGGUCGAAUCUGUGCCCAGAAACCAGCACUAAACAAAAGGCAAUUAAAAAAACGUGUGGCAUUUGCCAAGGCCCUCAGCCUGCUAAAAGGAUGGACGCUGGAAAAGUGGCAGAAGGUGGAUAUCUCAGAUGAAUCUUCGGUUGAAUUACAUCACAGCCACUCCAAAUAUUGCAGGACACCUACUGGAGCCCGCAUGGAUCCGAGAUUCACCCAGAAAAUAGUUAAGUUUGGUGGCGGAAAAAUCAUGGUCUGGGGUUACAUCCAGUAUGGGGGUCUGCGAGAGAUUUGCAGGGUGGAAGGCAAUAUCAAUAGCCUAAAAUAUCAAGAGGUAUUAGCUACCUCUUACAUUCCCAACCAUAAAAGGGGUCAAAUUUUGCAGCAGGAUGGUGCUCGAUCGCAUACUUCCAUCUCUACAUCAAAGUUCCUCAAGGCGAAGAAGAUCAAGGUGCUCCAGGACUGGCCAGCCCGGUCACCAGACAUGAACAUCAUUGAGCAUGUCUGGGGUAGAAUGAAAGAGGAAGCAUGGAAGACGAAACCAAAGAAUCUUGAUGAACUCUGGGAGGCAUGCAAGACUGCUUUCUUUGCUAUUCCUGAUGACUUCAUCAAUAAAUUGUAUGAAUCAUUGUCGAACCGCAUGGAUGCAGUCCUUCAAGCUCAUGGAAGUCAUACAAGAUAUUAAAUAUGGAUUUCACAGCACCACUACUUAAUUCACUGAUGUUAUGCAACAUAUUUUGUAUUUGAAGUAAAUUAUUUGUUCAAUUUUUACAUUACUCUCUGUAGGCGACAAAACUUUUGUCUUGCCAAAAUCUGACCUUUCUGUGUUCAUUAAAUGAUCAAUCUUU